AUGCGCAAGCAGGACCCAGAGAGCUUCGCGUCGGCCGAGGAUGAAAUCGACUACUGGCGUUCGGAGGCACUAAACGCACGCCAAGCUUUGGAGGAAAAGCAGUAUGAGCUCGAUGACUACCAGCUCCAAUCAGCCGAGCUCGAAACAGAGCUGGAACAGGAGAUUGAGCGUAUGGAGGCAACCAUCAACGAGCUGCGCUCGCGCAACGAAAAGUACCGCAUGGACAUGGCGGAGCUUAAGGAAAAGUACCAGAACUCUCAGCUUAAGGCCGGUGAGGACCUUGCAUCGAUCGAGCGCGAGUUGCAGUUUGUGCGGUCACAGCAGGAGUACUAUAAGAGUCGCACGCGUGACCUUGAGCAAACCAACGAUGAUUUGGAGAGGAACGAGAGAGCCGCAAAGUCGUCUUUGCAGGCUAUGGAGUGCCGGCUGAGUCGCGCGGUGGAGGAGAAUUCGCAUUUGAUGGGCGAGGUCAAUACGAAGAAGAUCCUUGUGGAUGAGGUGCAGAGGCUGAAGGAUGAACUGAAGGAUCUUAAUCUGGAGCUUAAUGUUGUGAGGAGUCGCAGCAGCCGCGCGGUGCCGCAGAGCGGUUCUUCGUUGUCGAAGAGCACUGCAAACGCCGACUUUAAUGGCGAAAACCCCGCGUUGAUGGUGCACAACAUUAUGACGCGCGUCAAGGACUUGGAGAGCAGGUUGGCCGGCGCGCGCACCAAGGUCACGCCGCUGAUUGGUGCGGGUGGCCAGUACGCGACCAUGCACUCGCGCAUUGCACGCACGCGGAAUAUCGCUAACCCAAAGUCGGCGGUUGCAUUGGCCAGCAACGGCGGGAGCAACGGUGCUGGAGCGGGUGACCAUCAGCAGCAGCAGCAGCAGCAGUUGCAGAGGCCGACGGCUUUGCGCUCGAUUGCUGGUGCCAAGGGAGAGACGAGAAUUGGCAAUACUCCGUCAAUGGAGAGCAAGCUUGAGCAGAGUCGUCUGCAACGCGAGGCCAUUCGCAAGCGCAUCGAGGAGAAGAGCAUGGCCCAUCAGCAGCAGCAGCAGACGGUGCCCCAGCGGAGGCAACUGGACUGA